AUGGCGACCGCCCGAUCCACCCCGUCGACGACCGACGACCCGGCCAAGCUCCAAGACCUCAAGGAGGAGCUGUACGAGGCCUGCGUCAACCAUGGCUCCCCCGACCGACUAUAUGGUCAAAAGGACCUCUUGGCGCUCGGCGUCGUGUCCGAGGACAACCCGACCCUGCUCCUCAAGGUGAUCCAGGGCCUGACGGACGACAAGCUCCUGGUGCCCGUCAACGACGCGCGCAAGGGCGGCCUGGCCUGGCGGUACCGCACGCGCGAGGACGCCGCCAAGUACGCCACGCUGCCCAGCUCCGAGGCCAUGCUCGUCUACACCCUCAUCGACGAGGCCGGCGCCGACGGCAUCUGGUCGCGCGCCAUCCUGCGCCGCUUGGGCAUGCACGAUGCCACCCUCAAGCAGGCCCUCAAGCAGCUCGAGAGCAAGGGGUUCAUCUCGGAGAUGAAGAGCGUGGAGCACCCAAACAAAAAAAUGUACAUCAAGGCCAACCUCCGGCCGUCGGAAAAGGCCACGGGCGGGCCAUGGUAUAACGACUCGACUUUGGACGAGGCCUUUAUCGACGAGCUGGAGCGCGUCGUCUUUGACAUCGUCAAGGCCAGGAGCACCUACAGAUCUCACGCGUCGGACAGUGCCAGCGCCAAGGCUCCCAAGAAGGCCGUCAAGGGGACGGCGACAGCGGCGGGGAAGAAGCGCACGGCUGCGGAGGCGGGCGUCGACUCCACCACCACCAACGGCGACGGCCACCCCCCCAAGGUCAACGGCCACAUCGGCACGGCCGCCUUGUCUUCCUCACGCAGGAACAAACUCCGCCCCCUCCCGGCCGGUUACAAGGGCUACCCGACCACCAAGCAGAUCGCCGUCAUGAUACAGGAGGCUGGUAUCGCCAAGAACCAGACGCUGGAGGAGGACGACAUCCAGCAGCUUGUCGACGUCUUGGUGUUUGAUGGCCUCAUUGAGCCCGUGCACCAUGGAUACGAGCCACGGAAGCCCGGAUAUCGCGCGGCCGAGGUUGCGAGGUUGGACGAUGUCACGCUCAGCGACCAGAACCAGAUGGACGUCGUUCGCAUGGGCCCGCCGGCACGCGAAAAUGGCCUGACCGAAGCCCCGUGUGGCAGGUGUCCCGUGUUUGAGCUUUGCGAGGAGGGAGGUCCGGUUAGUCCGCGGACUUGCAUAUACUACAACAAGUGGCUUGGACUGCAGACAGAAGAGAAAAAGGUAUCCGUUGAAGAGGCUGUGGUCGAAAUCUGA